AUGUCACGCCGGACUUAUCCGAGUGGCUCCGAAAAGCGGAAAAAGGCUGCAUUGAUGAAGGAGGCUUCAGCAUCUGUUCCACAAUUAACGCAGUUUUUUGCUCGUAUCACACCAUCUACGUCGAUAGAAGCUGUUGGACAAGCAGACCGCGACGAUCAUGGUCGUGAACCUAAAGUUGAUCUGUCGAAAUUGGCAGGACUAGACGAUGAGUUUGAUGAACCCACAGCCGCUGAUUUGCAGUCGACAGUUACUAUAAAUCAACUCUCUGAUGACAUUUCAAAUGAUCCUGCUGAGUGGGUUAUUGAUGAAGAACUUCGCGAGAGGGUCAUUGCGCGACCAAUAGCACAGAGCAAAGGCGACUUUUCACGUUCUGAGGGACUUGGUAAAACGCAAAAACGUUAUCUACCACCCAGUUUAUUUAUGCGUAAAAUGGCUAACGGAGAAGUGGUUAAUCGCGAAUGGCUAGUGUAUUCACCGUCGACUGGAAACGUUUUCUGUUUGCCAUGCUUGCUGUUCAGCAAUCAAAUAUCAACGUUUCGAACAGGGUUCAGUGACUGGAAAAACUGUCAUAUUUACGCCUCUGAGCAUGAAAACUGUCGAGAACAUAAGACGUCUACAACAGCGUGGUUGACCAGAGUCAUUCUCGCCAAUCGCAUAGAUUGUGCUCUUGUGAAACAGACACAGAACGAACGAAAUUACUGGAAGGAGGUUCUUCGGCGUGUCGUUGAAACUGUCAAGUUUCUCGCUGGAAGAGGUCUCCCCUUUCGAGGAUCCGAUGAGACAUUUGGAUCGGAGACGAACGGCAAUUAUCUGGGAGUUCUGGAACUGAUUUCAAAGUUUGACCCCUUUCUGUACGAACACAUAAAGAGGUAUGGCGGUGCUGGACGGGGUGUUUCGUCCUAUCUUUCCAAAACAACAUGUGAGGAAUUCAUACAGUUGAUGGCAACUCAAGUGGAGGAACACAUUGUAAACGAAAUUAAAGCCGCUAAGUAUUACGCAAUCAGUGUGGAUUCUACACCAGAUGUUGCACAUGCUGACCAGCUCACAUUCAUUGUUCGCUAUGUGCUACCAGACGGCAAGCCAGUUGAACGAUUUAUACGAUUUGUAGAAAUCCACGGUCAUGGUGCCGAAAGCAUGACUGCUGUUGUCACAAAAAUUCUUGAAGAACUUGGACUUGACAUAUCCAAUCUGAGAGGUCAGAGCUACGAUAAUGCCUCCAACAUGUCUGGGAUUUAUUCAGGACUCCAAGCACGAAUUCGAGAACUCAACCCUCUUGCACAUUAUGUCCCCUGUGCCGCACACUCCUUAAAUCUCGUUGGCUCUGCCGCCGUGUCUAGCUGUAUGGGUGCCACGUCAUUUUUCACAUUUCUCCAAGCCCUCUAUAACUUUUUUUCAGCAUCAACACACCGUUGGAGGAAGUUAAAGGACGCCUUACCUCCCAACGGUCUCGUGGUAAAAACGCUGUCAGAUACUCGCUGGAGUGCAAGGGCAGAUGCAACGAAAUCGUUAAUUUCCAACUAUCCAGAAAUACUGAAGGCUCUCAUUGCCAUAAAAACUGAAACUACACAGACUGCGGAAACAAGGCUGACGGCAGAUGGUUUGAUCAGACAGAUGGAGCAGUUGGACACUGCCUAA